AUGAUUCAUCUUCCGACUCGCCGGCCGCGUUCGGUGCCACAGGCCGCAGACGUCGCUGACGAAGCCGCGGCGGCAGUGCUGAAUGAUUCAUCUGUCGUGUCGCCCUCUGUCCUCCUGCCCUCGCUGGUCUCGGAGCAGUCGACCGGGCCGCUCGCGGCUCGAGCGCUCCACAGGCCCCGCGUCGGCUCGUGCAGAAGCGCCGGCGACGUCGCGGUGACAUCGGCAAACGCUGUGAGCGGCGCAGUCGAUUCUCCGUCUCUUUUUUCCUCUCGGGUGGCGCCUGGUAGUUGUCUCGAGAGCUCGAUUGGGCGCCAUGGACAUGCGUCGUCGGGAGUGCUUUGCCGCGUUCUGUCGCGCCUGCGCUUGCCAGGCCUCUCAGGCGCGCACACGCACCCGCGCACGUCGUGCUCAGGCCUGCCUACGCUGGCGCUGUCUCCCCCUGUCGGCCGGUCCAUGGAGGAGGGCGGAGAUGAGGAGGGAGGCGAAGGCCCUCUCCCGCCUGUCCUGCACGAGCAAGAGAGCAGGCGGUGUUUAAGCCGAGACGCGCGCGGUCGCCCCGUCGACGAAGGCACUGAAGCCGAGCUGACGUCCGUUGCGUCCAUGUGUGCGUCAUCGUCUUCGUUGGCGUCUUCCUGUCGCCUGUCGCCUUCGCCACGGGGCCGGAGCUUGUGGCAGGGGCGCUUGAGGAGACUCGGGCAGGCGGCGCAGCGCCUUCGCGGCCUGCAGAGACCCAAGGGCGACGAGGCAGUGGAGUCCAGCGCGUGGGAGGGCCUGCUGUCGGCCUCCGUAAGCGACCGCAAGCACACGUCUCCGGGGUCCGCCCCUUCCACGCCUGCGAACUCCACGCCUUCGCUCCAGGCGCCUUCGUCUGCUUCGUCACUUCUCGAAGUCUCCUCGACUACGCAGCCUUCAACGCGCACCGACGAGGAGCGCGUGGCGGAGACUGAGGAGGACGAAGACGACAGGCGGGGGCAGUCCGCGAACCGGCGUUUGCUGGUCCGCUCUCGCACGGAGGGCGGAAGCGAAGAUGUAUGCGGACGCGCAGUCGAAGGCGGCAUCGAGAGUCGUCUAGCGCGUGCCCCGGGGGAGACGACGCGCGCGGGCAGCACGGAGCCACGCGAGGAGGCGCCGAAGGACGAUGACGCUCUCUUCCUCGAAGGAGGAGUGAUUGUGAAUGCUGCGGAGCUCUUUGGAGCUGGGGGCGACGAAGCAGAUUAUGUGCUGUCUCCGCUGCAGGAGACGGCGGGCCGCGAGGAGAGGUCGACGGAGGAGGGACAGGAGGAGCGGCAAACACCAGAGGCGGGGACAGCCAGUCGCCCGCAGGCGUGGCAGGAGGCAGGAGGCGCCGAGAGAGAGACGAACCGAGGGCGCCAUGCCGACGAGGCUUCUGGAAGCGAACUGUUUCCGCUGGUGUACCGACAACGGGCUUCGCUGGAGGAGGCUCUGCCCGAAAUCAGUCCGGGGCACGCGGUCGGAGGGAGACUCCAGAGCAACGCGACGCCGCGGAACGCACUUUCUGCCGACGAAGCGGGGCAGAGUCGUCUACCUCAGUCUGCCGCCCUCGAGGGUGAACUGCGGUGGUCCUCGUGCCCGUUGACCUCUUCGGUUUCAUCUGCAUAUUCGUCCGCGAGCGCUGCCUCAGCCACAGAUGCGGCAGCCCCGCGCAAUGGCGGAGACGGAGAGCCCGUCUCCUCGUCCACGUUUGCGUCGGCGCCUGUCGGCUUCAGCGCAUCUGUGCUCUCGCGGUUCGAUGACUCGCUAGAGGUGCCGGCUGAAGGGUCCAUCGUGCUUCUGCGGCAGUUCGCGCACCCCUCGAGAGCGCGCAUUGUUUCUCGAAACGCAGACGAGAGUGGAGGCACGCGUACCGCCCGUUCUGCAUCGUCGCCUCAGUCGGGCGGCGCGUCUCAACUGUCCGCCAACAGCCGCGAGAGUGCCUUUUCUUCUCCAGAGUCUCUGUUUUUCCAUACGUCGUCUGCCUCGCGCGUGACUCACCCCCUCGCUGCUACUGCCGACCUAGACCGCCUUUUUGCCUCGACAGCCCACGCCGCCGCAGGAAGCUCCACUCCAGCUCCCUCCGCCACUGUGCCGUUUUCGCCAGCCUCGAACCCGGCCCCGCGCCCCCCCCCUCUCUUCCACGCACGCCCUACCGGGCGGCGCGCGGUCGUCGUUCACGACGGGUUCGCAGCCCCGAGUGGGGCUUCGGCGGGCCUCGAGGCGUCGCGCAUGCUCUCCGUGCUCGGCAGUCUCUUCGCCGAGGUAGGGCGGGAGCCUCAGGCUCUCCAGGGGCGCGACGACGACCGGGGCAGAGCUGCGCGAGCGCAGGAUGAGGACAGAGAGCGUCCUUUCCUUCCGCGCCCGGGCAUUGGGGGAACGACGCGAGCGCCCGACUCGCCGCGCGAGUUCCUGGUUGUGCGUGCCACGCGCGCUCUCGCGGAGCUUCAGAGUGAACGGAACUCCAUUGUCUCAGCGGCUGCGACGUCGGGGACGAUGACGGCCGCCGCGGUUGCUGUCGGGAGUCUUCAGGAAUUGCUGAGCGGCGACGCAGACUCUGAGGCGCUGCUCAGCGCGUCGCGGAGUGUGGCGGUGCUGUGGACGGCUAACCGGGCGAAGCGGCGACGCGCGUGUGUGCAGCGCAGGUGUCUCAAGAGGGUGAGAGACGCUGCGGACGGCGUGUUUACGUGCCCCGUGUGCCUCGAAUUUUUCGCGGCUAGCGAUCGAGGUGCAUAUGUGGCUGCAGCCACAAACAUGGACUCAGAGCCUGGCGUGGAUGCGAGGGGUAGGCGCGGCGACAAUGCUGAAGAGCAAAGGCGUCGGCGAGAAAGGCGAGACAGCGAUUCGGAAGGCUGGACAGAUGAUGGAGGUCAGCGAGGAGACAGCGGGGGCACGUUCCACGGCGGGAGACGGUCUAGCGGGCACGCGAGUGGAGGUGGGCAUGCGGCGACUCCGCGAGCAGAGGGGACACACCGUGGGGAAGAGGGUCGCGAACGCCAUCCCAAAGUAGAGAGCGAAAGCGGCGACAGCGACGGCGGCGGUGCAGGCGGAGCGUUGCUGUCUGGCCUCGGGGCCGUGGCAGUGGGCGGCGGAGGGGGUGGAGAGAGCCCGGUGCAGACGGCUUCCAUUCGCUCGUCGUCGCUGUUAGGCAGCCACGAAAUCCCUCAGGAGCGCUCCCUCGGCGAAGGGGGGGACGCUCUAGCCUGCCGCCUGUACGAGCUUUCUGUUCACCCACGGCGCGCGCGGAGGGAGGCGCGCGGGAGAGAAGCGGCCGCGCGUGAGGCACGUGCGACGGGUGCCGCGUGUGAAGACAGGCCCGAAGACUUCGGAGGCGAGGACGCCCCCGUCCCUCACGAGGGCGCGGGAGUGAGGCCUCUGAGUCCGAGUCUCGCCUCUGCAACUUCGCGGUCGCAGGGGAGCGCUGGGGCCCACACUCCUCACGCAGGCCGCCCUUGUGGGCGCGCUUUCUUCAGUGGAAGAACGAGACCGAGUCGAGGAGACGCGGGCCGCGCGGGGUCUGAAGAGGGCGACACAGCCUCUCGCGCGGCCGCAGACGACGGAGAAGCGACUGAACUCCCAGAAAUCAUUUCCAUGGUUGGCCGUUGCCGCCAUGAGGUCUGCACGGCCUGCGCCGGCGAGUGGCUAAAGCACCAGCUUCUCAGCAACGUCGCUCCGGCGAUGUGCCCCGUGUGUCGCGCGGGUCAUUUCGACGACGCCGCUGUCGGCUAUCUCUGCACGACGCUCGGCGAGUGGCUGCAGUACGAGGACUUGAAGCAAACGCACGCAGACCUGCCCUCCGCGCUUUCGGCGCAGGCCCUCCUCCGCGCGCUGGCGUCGCCCGAGCCCGAGGGACAGUUGCCGGGGACGCCUGCAAGCCCAGGUGCCUCCGGCGCGCAGGCACCCGAAGAGACGCCGCUGGUGGAGUCGGAAGGAAAUGGCGCGGACCCGGCGCACGAGCACGAAGGCGAGGACGUGACGGAGGUAGAUAUGCUGGCGGAUGAGGGCGGCGAGUCUACAGGAAUCGGAGGGGGGGACGGAGACGAGAGAGAGAUGGGCGCGCUAACGCCGCCUGUGGAGGUCCGAGCGGCGCUGCGCGACGUGCUGCGGCUGCUGCUGCCGCCUGGGCACCUGCAGAGACAGCAAGAGAGACAGCUCGCCCUCCUCGAAGAAGACGUUCGCAUCCACGGGUUUCGCCGGUGCCCAGGGUGCGGCAUUGCGAUUCAGCGCGUCGGCUCUCUAGACGACGUGCUUUGCCGGUGCGGCUGCCGGUUUUGCUUCGCCUGCGGGGACCUCCUCUCCUCGUCGUCCUUCUGGGCGCUGCUGCAGCACCGCCGCGCUUGCCGCUCCACGGGGUCCUCGGCGCUCGCCGCCCACAGCGCCGCGCGGCUCUCAGCGUCGCAGGCCUCCCUCAUUCAGGCGUCAGCGCCGUCAUCUACUGCUUCGUCUUCCUCGUCGGCGCCGCCAGCUGCCUCCGCCUCGCCGUCGCCGCCGCGCUCGGCAUUUUCGGGCGCGGGGCCAGCGGUAUCCCCGGGGGCGGGCCCGGGGCUCUUUCGGGCUGCGCGCCCGGGCGGAGGGGGCCUCGCCGUGGCGGCAAGCAGCCUCUCCUUUUUGCUUCGCAGCCGCGAGAUCUCAGGCGGAAGGCUCACGUCUGGCGUGGGUCGUCUCUGGGGCUUCCGGCGUCUUUGCCGGCUCCCGGGCGGUCCGUACCAGCGUUCUAGUGAGUUUUGUAUGGUCUGCCGUCACGGGCGCGGGCGCGAAGCCACGAUUUUUUCCGGCAAACGCUUCCCUUUGUCGUCUUACCUCCGAACCAAGGCGCGCUCCGGCGGUCCCGCGCGACUCGCCCAGGGCAUGGGCUGA